GCCUACUAAGGCGGAACUGUUUUUCCGUUUCCGUGUUUCCGACGGGACACAUCACGAGCUGGAUCGAUUGAGAAAACAGCGCAGCUUUUUACCUACACGUGGGUUUUAGUUAUUAAAGUGCACGUUGCUGUGCAUCAACAUGCCGACUGACAACAAAAGAGUACGCCGGCCGGAGGUGUCGCAGAGCCCGUCCGUGUUUGCGUGCAGGCCGGCGGCCGUGCUCCCGGCGGCCGGGCCCCGGGCGGACGGCCGGCGGCGGGACCAGGUGGAUGUCCGGCCCGUGUUCGUCCGCUGCGGGCUCGUCAGCCAGGCCAAAGGCUCCGCGUACAUAGAGGCAGGGAACAGCAAGCUGAUGUGCUGCGUGUACGGCCCCAGAGAGACGGACAGGAAAGACGAGACCGAUAUGAAAUGCGGAAGGCUGAUCACCGACAUGCGCUUCGCUCCGUUCUCCUGCCCGGAGAGGGGCUCCUGGAUCCAGGGUAGUGAGGAGAAGGACUUGUCCCUGAUGCUGCAGGAGAGCCUGCGGCCGGCCGUCUGCCUGCACAGGUACCCCCGCUCUCAGGUGGAGGUCAACGUGAUGGUUCUGGAGAACAGCGGCUCCGUCCUGUCCCACGCCAUCACCUGCGCCUCCCUCGCCCUGGCCGACGCCGGGAUCGAGAUGUACGACCUGGUGCUCGGCUGCUCCAUCCGCCAGGACGGAGCCUCCUACAUGGUCGACCCGACAUACCUGGAGGAGAACGGCUGCAGCUCGGGCAGCGAGGACAACCAGGGGCGUCUGACGGUAGCGUUCCUCCCCAGCCUCAACCAGAUCUCCGGGCUGCAGUCGGACGGCGAGAUGGCUGAGGAGACGCUGACAGCCGGUGUGCGGACUUGCAUCGAGGGGUGCUACAAACUUUACCCGGUGAUCCAGCAGGCUCUGGCCAAGGCCACACGCAAGGCAGCCCCUCCCCCCUCCGAGAGCUGAGACGCUGUCCAGCUCAGCAUCACAGCUCCUCCUCCUGGUUCACAGGCGUCCUCAGAAUCUAUUUUUGUAUGUCUGCUAUGUAUUGUUGUAAUCAGUUUUGAUGAGACAUAUUUAACUGUAUUGAUUUUUUUAAAGAUACUUACAGUAAAUAAUGUACAUAAACAGCA